AGCCUUAGCUCUUCAAUUCCACAUUGUUCUCUUCUCUUCACUCUCAAUCACUUUCUCCCAGAUUUUUCCACUCUACUUUUCCCUCCCUUCCUCACACUCUUCACUCUCUCUCCCUCACAUCUCUCUCGCUCUCUCUCUCUCUCUCUCUCUCUCAAAUGCCACACUAAAGAAGCUCAUUUCUUACCAAACUAAAAAAGAGACAAAACACAACACUAUCACUAUGCCUACUUACACCGAACACAAAACCCACACCACCCUCUUCACACACCGGCCCCACCCCACCGGCACCAAGACCGUGCGCAUCUCCGUCACCGACCCCGACGCCACCGACUCCUCCGGCGACGAGAACGACGCCGUCUUCCGGUCGCGAAAAAUUCGGAAGUUCGUUAACGAGAUAAAAAUUGAGUCAUGUUCGACCCAAACAAAUGUUACUGAAGAGCCGAAGCUGAAAAACCCUCGCCGGAAAAAAGUGGCCGGAAAAACGAAGCCGGCGGCGAGGUGCGUGAUGAGCUCCGGGAAGAAGUACAGGGGAGUGAGGCAGAGGCCGUGGGGGAAAUGGGCGGCUGAGAUUAGAGAUCCGAUGAAACGUGUACGGCUGUGGUUAGGCACGUACGACACAGCUGAAGAAGCUGCUAUGGUCUACGACCACGCGGCAAUCAAGCUGCGUGGGCCGAACGCGCUCACCAACUUCACCACUCCCGAGGUGAAAAAAAGCGCGUCUGUCUCGGAGGAUAAUGAUGAAUCGGCCGAGUCACAUAGCGAUCUGCGCUCCCCCAAGUCCGUGUUGAGGUAUAAUAACGAUGACUCGGCCGAGUCAACUCGGUUCACUCGGGCCGAGUCGACUCGGUCCGAUAACGUUGAAGUGAAGAAGGAAGUGAUGGUAAAAGAAGAGGAGGUGGUGGGUAUCUCGGGGAAUGACGGGUUCGUAUUCGGGUCGGAUCCUGUGCUGGAGGAUCCGUUUAACGAUAUUUUCGGGCCGGCCGGUUUGAGCAUGUUCGGGUUUGAGGAAGAGAAGAGCGGGUUGUAUUUCGGGUCAAGUAUUGAGUUCGGGUUGCCGAGUUGGCCCACGGUGGAUUACUUUCAGGAUUUUGGUGAUGUGUUCGGGUCGGAUCCUUUGGUGUCAUUAUGAAAAGAAGACGAGGGUAUUUUUGUAAUAAGAUGAGAUGUUAUCAGCCUUUGUAUGCUGGCAGUUUUGUUUUGGCGGGAGUGAGCUAUCGAGUAUAUUUAUAUUAAAAAUAUUAUAUAAUUAUUAAAUUAGUAGUAACGGCAAAUUAUUUAAUCGAUGUAAAUGUCACUCUCUCACGAUAUAAUAGUAAAGUGAGAGACGAGUGUAUGUUUUGGCUUCAUGAUUUGUGUCCAUGUCGCUGAAAAUAUGUGUUAUUUAUAUAAAUAUUGUUCCAAUUCGUGUUA